AUGGCUAACGUUAACUGUAUGGUUUUUCACACUCAAAUAGCCUCCAUUAUGGAGGUGCUAGCGAAUGCAGCCGUAGCAGAGAUCUGUAAACUUGUAGACGAUGACUAUGCAGUGUUUCGUUUGGAAAUUUCUCAAAGCCAGAAAGAAAAUAGGGGUUUGCGGAGGAAACUACAACUACUGGAACUGAAGGUGGCACGGGAGCGCGCAGAGAAGACAAUACGAGAGCGCGUCGUCGCCAGUCGUCCCAGUAGUGUCAAGAUCGUCGACCGAUACAGAGGAAUGGCAAGAGGUGAAGGAUAUCUCACUGGAAGCCACAGGAACUUUGUGAAGCCAGUGGGCCACAAUACAUGGAGAAAUGACGAACCCAUAGCUGUAGAUGAAGGGAGUGGAACCUCAACCCAGCACGUUAUCGUAAUAGAGUCUGCAGAUGCAGAGACUGCAGGCCCUGGGGUCAAGCAGGAGAGAUCUGAAGGAGAGGAGAACCCACGGCACAGCAGAGACAUCCAGACUGGAGCAGCUGGAGCGCCCUAUGAAGCCACGGAGGACCCCACCACCGCUGCCGCCGCAUCUCAGCCCGGGACCCGACGCAGCAUCAUGGAGGAGGAGGAGGGUCCAGAGGUGCUGCUGGUGAAGGAGGAGGGGUGUGAGGAGGGUCUGGGGAACCCUGAGGGGACCAUGGUCAUGGAGGACAACCAGACUACACCUCCUCCUGAACCCACAGAGGAACCAGCUGAGCAGCACAGGACCACACACAGUCUCAGUGAGUCAGUAGACAAAGAGGAUGGGAUGCCUGAUCUGCAGCUGGUCAAAGAGGAGACAAUAGAGAACAGACCAGAGAGUGGAAUAAAGAUCUGGGAUGAAGGUGGUUGGCUGGAAGCUAAUAGAGGAGACUGGGUGGCCAUCUUGGAUUCCCAGACCCAGACUGUUGCAGCCAAGGUUCCUGUGGACAACAUCACUGAGCAGGCCAGGACCAGAGGCGACAUAGUGGAGGUCAGUGGAUGGGAAAGUGUCCUUAGCUCUGGGCUGGGCAACAACACUGUUAACCACAACCAGAAACAGACAGUUGAACACAAAACAGCAUCUCCAUGACAACAGACUGGCUGAGACCAGGGCGAGGUGUAGAUUUGGUAUACGGGGACGGUGUGUCCGUAUGUGGUGGGAAAGAACAGACACGGCUAGUGAUGCUCCUAUAGUUGUGAUUCACAGAGACUGAUGGCGCAUCAGGUUAACCCCCGAACAGGUAUUGCCUUUAGCCUGCCUUCAAUUAGCCUGAUGACUCCCACCAAAUGAUUUAGCUUCUUUGUCAUUCGCCACACACUUUACUCUGAGACUGCCAUCAUUGAAGUUGUUUGUGGUGACGAGGGGCGUUGUACAAAACAAAGUCAUCAGCGAUUGUAUCGUCUCUAACCAAUCAGAGUAUUUGUAUAUUUGAAGGAAAUCGUUGUGGAAAUCUGUUGAAGCUCAAGUCGGCUACACAAUGCAAUGCUCUUUCUAUUGGCUGGCUGGCUAGCUAUGUAGCAAGCUAGCAAACAUAGCUACAAACAAUAAUACCAAAUAUAAUAUCAGCAUGUGACGUAGCUAUUUAGCUGUAAAAUCGCCUAAAUAAGCUGCAGUAUCAAUCUCACUAUGUUCAACCUGCAGAUUGAUGUGCCUCACAGUGGAGUCAAACAUUGGCAACGACAAAUAUACUUUUGAGGAGAUGCCCGCACAGUGCAUUCUGAGCAAUUCAGAAACUCAACAUUAGCACUAAUUUUGUCAAGAAGUACAAUAUUACAAAUAUUUUCAGAGAUUUUAAAUAAUGAACUUGCUAUCUGUAAUAUCAUAUAGCUUUGGAAUCGUGACAUUAUGUACUUUAGAGGAAAAUAGGCAUGUUUCUCGACAUAUACACUGAUUUUGAGAAGGGAUUGCGUGAUGAUUAGCUUAGCAACCGCGUGACUCAGUAUGACAACAUGAAUGCGAUUGGUCGACAGUCUGCUGGGUGGGGCGUUAUACGUUGCUUCAUUCAUUGGAUUCCUAUCUCCUUUCUGUAACAUCUCUGUCAACGGCACUAUGCAAUGCACCCUGGACUAAAGAGGCAGACAAAUAGGAAUAAUUUUAAAUUACACAUUUCUUGAGGUAGGAAUAUCGCAAUAGCAUGUUUAAAGGCUCAUUAGAGAGAAGACAUCCUCCCCGAGUUAUGACAUCAGCCAGUAUUGAAAUCUGAGAUGUAUGAUAGAUGUUUUCACGAUCUAAAAGUAAUAUUCCUAAUAUUCACGAUCUAAAAGUAAUAUUAACUUCCAGUGUAGUGAGAGACUUAACACGGUGCUACGUCAUACCGGACGCAUUUCUGCCUGCUUGAACGGCAAUGAAAUCAUGAAAUGACACAGGGAAUCGAUAGAACAUCACUCAGAGAUGCACAAAAACAAUAUAACAUUCAAAAUGGGUGAACUUUUCCUUUAAUUAGAAGUAGAUAGAGCAAAGCACCCCCACAACAUGAUGCUGCCACCCCCUUUCUUCACGGUUGGGAUGGUGUUCUUCGGCUUGCAAGCCUCCCCCUUUUUCUUCCAAACAUAACAAUGGUCAUUAUGGCCAAACAGUUUAUUUUUGUUUCAUCAAACCAGAGGACAUUUCUCCAAAAAAUACAAUCUUUGUCCCAUGUUCAGUUGCAAACCGUAGUCUGGCUUUUUUAUGGUGGUUUUGGAGCAGUGGCUUCUUCCGUGCUGAGCGGCCUUUCAGGUUAUGUCGAUAUAGGACUUGUUUUACUGUGGAUAUAGAUUCUUUUGUAACUGUUUCCUCCAGCAUCUUCACAAGGUCCUUUGCUGUUGUUCUGGGAUUGAUUGCACUUUUCCCACAAAAGUACGUUCAUCUCUAGGAGACAGAACGCGUCUCCUUCCUGAGCGGUAUGACGGCUGCAUGGUCCCAUGGUGUUUAUACUCGCGUACUAUUGUUUGUACAGAUGAACGUGGUACCUUCAGGCGUUUGGAAAUUGCUCCCAAGGAUGAACAGACUUGUGGAGGUCUUGGCUGAUUUAUUUUGAUUUUCCCAUGAUGUCAAGCAAAGAGGCACUGAGUUUGAAGGUAGGUCUUGAAAUACAUCCACUGGUACACCUCCAAAUGACUCAAAUUAUGUAAAUUAGCCUAUCAGAAGCUUCUAAAGCCAUGACAUAAUUUUAUGGAAUUUUCCAAGCUGUUUAAAGGCACAGCCAAUUUAGUGUAUUUAAACUUCUGACCCACUGGAAUUGUGAUACAGUGAAAUAAUCUGUCUGUAAACAAUUGUUGGAAAAAUUACUUGUGUCAUGCACAAAGUAGAUGUCCUAACCGACUUGCCAAAACUAUAGUUUGUUCACAAGAAAUUUGUGGAGUGGUUGAAAAAUGAGUUUUAUUGACUCCAACAUAAGUGUAUGUAAACUUCUGACUUCAACUGUAUAUAUAUGUGUAUAUAUACACUGCUCAAAAAAAAUAAAGGGAACACUUAAACAACACAAUGUAACUCCAAGUCAAUCACACUUCUGUGAAAUCAAACUGUCCACUUAGGAAGCAACACUGAUUGACAAUAAAUUUCACAUGCUGUUGUGCAAAUGGAAUAGACAAAAAGGUGGAAAUUAUAGGCAAUUAGCAAGACACCCCCAAAAAAGGAAUGAUUCUGCAGGUGGUGACCACAGAACACUUCUCAGUUCCUAUGCUUCCUGGCUGAUGUUUUGGUCACUUUUGAAUGCUGGCGGUGCUCUCACUCUAGUGGUAGCAUGAGACGGAGUCUACAACCCACACAAGUGGCUCAGGUAGUGCAGUUCAUCCAGGAUGGCACAUCAAUGCGAGCUGUGGCAAAAAGGUUUGCUGUGUCUGUCAGCGUAGUGUCCAGAGCAUGGAGGCGCUACCAGGAGACAGGCCAGUACAUCAGGAGACGUGGAGGAGGCCGUAGGAGGGCAACAACCCAGCAGCAGGACCGCUACCUCCGCCUUUGUGCAAGGAGGAGCACUGCCAGAGCCCUGCAAAAUGACCUCCGAUAUGUAGCUGGGUACAAAAGUAUGUGGAUACUGUUAAAUUGGUGAAGGUAGCUCGAAGUAGGCUUGUGAUGAUUUUCUGUUUUUCUUCCGCCCAGAGGGAGCAGGUGCUUCACGUCACAGGCCUCGGGACAAGACCUGUGACUUGAAAGGAGUGAUUACUGGGGUGCCGUUGAGGUGGAGCAACUGAAA